AUGAAGGUUCAGAUCAUGCCUCCUCGUAGAGCUAAUGCAAGGAAUGUGAAUGCCAGGAAUGCAAACGCAACUCCUCCUGUCCCUGAUAAGGAAAGUAUGACCAACCAGAACAGUGGGGUUCAUGCUCCUAUAAAUGCAAAUGGUAGAUCAGCAACAGCAAGGGUUCAUGACUUUGUUAGGAUGAAUCCGCCUGAGUUGUUAGGAUCACAGCCUAAUGAGGACCCUCGGAAUUUCUUGCAUGAGGUCAAGAAGAUGUUUGAGAGCCAGCAAAAGUUUUCAGCUCUAGCCCCUUGGUCAGCUAGUGUUCCAUCCUCCAAGAACAGCUAUGACCAGAAAGUUAAAGCACCAGGCUCUAAGUCUCAGGAAAGUGUUUCAGGAACAAAGACUUACCCUACUUGCCCCAAGUGUGGUAAGAACCAUCUGGGCAAGUGUCUCGCAAAAAAAGAAGGAUGCUUUGGGUGCGGUAAGUCUUGUCACAGGUUGAGGGAUUGUCCUUCUAGACAGUGUCAAGAAGGUGGAAAUGGUAGAUCUUAUUCUACAACUUCACCAGCACCAACAAGUCGCCCGACUCAGCAGGGUAACUCAUCUGGUACAGAUCCAGCGGCUACUCUUUGUUUUGUAACUCCUUACAUAGCAGUCCAAUUCAGUGGUAGUGUAGAUACUCUCUCAGAACCUGUCUCAGUCUCUACUCUAGUCGGUGACCCAGUUAUAGCUAGAUGGGUAUACUGA